AUGAAUACUAUAAGAAAUACAGACCACCAAGCUGCAGAAGGCCUGGCUAGCUUGUCGAAAAACUACGGUGACAUGGACCCCUACCAAAGCGAUGUCAUGUCUCAGCAGGCAUCCCCAGGUCAACCUGCGCCCAAGAACGUCUCGUUCGAGCUUCUUCUAGAUGAGAACUCGAAAGUCCGGGCUCGCAUUCCUAUGCGAGUGCAAAUCUUUACUCAUGACACAACUGACUCGAUUGUGACUACCGUCAAAAAUUUCUACGGCAUCUACGAUGGCGUCGCUAGUGGGGUUAGUUUCGAAGAUGAGCACGGUACUACGCUUAUUGCGAGGUACGAAAAUCUUAGGAAUAACAUGACGGUGUAUGUGCGGGUAAUUCCCGUACAUACUUAUUCCAAUAGCUACGAACAACACUAUUAUGAAGUUGCUCCACUGGACACUCGCAAGCGCCCUAGCCUUGAGGAGCCAUUUCAGAUGGCACCACCUUCACAAGCUGCUCAGGCUCCUGAGUACGUCAGACCGCCUUCUCGUCCUCUAUCACGCACUCACAGAACGAGCAUCUCCCCGUCCGGUAGAGGUCGUCGAAGUGCUUCACAGCACAAAGGGCCCUCAAGGACCGGGAACAAGAGUAGAGGGUCCAGUGCUCAUGGUAGCUUUGUCGAAGAGCCUCUUGCUGGAUAUAGUGACAGCGAAGGUGGGCAUGGCUCAAUUAGUGGUUCUAGAAAAGCUAGGAGCGAACAGUUUGCCAGCUCCGAAAUUAGCAUGGAGAACAUUGUCCAGGAAAGUCGUCGCAAGAAGCCCAAGUUCGAAAGUUCGGAAUUGCCACUUUUUGCGCCUCCUCAAGUGCCUUUGACAACCUCCACGUCCUCAAUAUCCCCUCAACGACGAUCGACUGGGCAAGACGGUGAACCGUCUCCCUUCGCUCGGCCUGUUCAGCGUCCAUUUAACAACAGACACCCAUUGCCCUCACCUCAGAGCUAUGGAUAUAAUGAAAAUGCGUAUGGAAGCAGUUCAACCAAGAGCUCUGUCUAUUCCACUCCAAUCUUUCCAGAACAUGGACAUCGACUGCGUCCCUCUGGCGGGCCCUACUCGGGCUCUGGCAAUCACCAAACGGUUCCCGGCAUUCUACCAACACCCGAUCCUACUAUCGCCAGUUGCAUCUCUGACGAAGAUGUGGCCAUGCAGCUGAUUCGUCUUGGCGAUGCAUCCAACUUUUCCCAUGGUCGCAACUCGACAUCGACCUUGGAUGAUGCCUUCAGCGGCGCCGCAGAUGCUUCCUCGACGGGGGCCACAAGCGAUGGAGAGUUCAGCGAGAAUGAAGAUGAGGAUGAACUGCCUGCCCGAUCGAGGCAGCGCCUCGAGUCAAGUCCAAUCCUGCCUCCUGGACACAUCAAACAACACCACAAACAAUUGGAUGAUAUUUUACCCAGCUAUGACAGCACAGAACCUAGUGGAGAUGAAUAUGACAACGAACCCCACUACGGUAGCCAUGUGAAAGACGAAUAUGUUGAUGAGAAUAUCGACGAACUUGGUGCACCUCGUGCCAAAAAGCAAAAGACAAAGUCAAAUGGCUUUUUGUCCAGCAAGAGCCGCAUGCAGAAACCCAAUUCCUCACGAAAUGGCAAAACUGUCAAGAGCCGGAAUGGUGCUAUGUCUCGCAAGUCCAAGUCGGGUCUAUCGACAUCAAUCGAACCAAAGACAGAGACAAUUGUCCAAGCAUUAAGCCCUACUCCGUCUCGAAAGAUAUCAGGGUCUGCUGCUAACUUCCAGCAUCCACUUGCUGCCGAUGAAGAAGACCUUUCUACCAAGCCUCGUUGUCAGCGAUGCCGUAAGAGCAAGAAGGGCUGCGAUCGUCAACGCCCCUGUGGCAGGUGCAAGGAUGCCGGGAUUGGCCUUGAUGGUUGUAUCAGCGAGGACGAGGGCAAUGGGCGCAAGGGUCGCUAUGGACGCCAUAUGGGUGUUCCUGUCAAAAAGGUGCUCGAGCCAAUGGCAACAAGUGAAGUCGCUGACAUCCCAUUCUCGGCACCUAUUAUCAGCCCGCCGCCCACGAGUCUGGCAGAUAAGAAUAAGAAGCGUAAACGCUAA